UGAAAAAGUAAAUCGAGAUCGAAAUUGAGCAAUCGUCAAAGAAAAGAAAAAAGUAAGAAAUGAUGAUGACGAAGGCGAAGGUGAAGGCGUUUACGGGAUCGAACGUGUUCAUGUCGCGAAACCUUGUCCCCCCCGAAGUAUUCGACAAACUCCACGGCGUUCUCAAGGAUAACGGUGCCCAAGUCUUCCUCUGUAGCGACCCUUCUCGAAACGGCCCCGACGACUUCCACAUUAUCUCCUCAAUCGAUCAUGAGAAAUUUGAGGAUCUUAGUGCUAAAGGAUGCAAUUUGCUAGGUCCUCAAUGUGUUAUUUCUUGUGCAACUGAAAAUAGAGCUUUACCUAAACAAGGUUUUAGUUGCUGCCUUGCGAUGGACGGCCUCAAAGUACUUGUGUCCGGUUUCGACAUGGAUGAGAAGGUUAAUAUUGAAAAAUUGGUUACAGCCAUGGGGGGAGUUUUGCAUACUAAAGCAUCUUUAGAUGUUAGCUUUGUCAUUGUAAAGAAUGUCCUGGCUGCAAAGUAUAAGUGGGCUCUCAAUGUUUUAAAGAAACCGAUUGUUGCGGUUCAGUGGUUGUAUCAAUGUUGGAGUGAACACCGUGUUGUUCCUCAGGAUUCAUACAGGGUUCUUCCUUUUACUGGAUUGACAAUAUGUGUUACCAGAAUUCCUGCAGAUGAGCGAAAAGAGGUUGAAAAGCUGAUCAUACAAAAUGGUGGGAAAUAUUCAGCUGAACUCACCAAGAAAUGCACACAUUUGAUUUCUCCUGAAGGUGACAAGUAUAAAGUUGGUCGAAGAUGGGGCCAUGUUCAUAUUGUAGUUCGAAAAUGGUUUCAUCAAUCCAUUGCUAGAAGAGCAUGCCUUAAUGAGGAGUCCUAUCCCGUCCAGGGUGGUUGUGCAUCUUCAAAGAAAAAUGUUAGUAGUUCCUUGUCUGCACAGUAUAGUCAAGACAAGCAUAGGGGAAGUUCAGUGCCUGCAACUUCCUCGGUGGUUCCUGAAUUUGAUUUGUCCGCUGUGCCUUCUACCGGAUUGGGAGAUGCAGAUCUUGAAGCUACUCUCUCUCAGAACACGUCUUCUGCAGUAUCAGAUGCUCGGGUCAAUUUUAAAGAGGAUGGUGGUGAAGCACCAAGUUUUCAGCCUUCUAGUGAAACAAAGCUUGAUGGUUGUGUUGCCAAUGACUCUCAAUCUGAAGACAAUGAUCUAUAUUUGUCAGAUUGUAGAAUUUCGCUUGUUGGCUUUGAAGCUUCUGAAAUGCGUAAGCUGGUUGCCAUAGUGCGCAGAGGCGGUGCUUCUCGGUAUAUGUCAUGUAAUGAUAAAUUGACACACAUAGUUGUUGGGACUCCAUCUGAAUCGGAAAAGAAAGAGGUAAGAAGUUUUGCAGCUUCAGGUGUCAUCCAUGUGGUAAAGACCAACUGGCUUGAAGACUGUGACCGUCAAAAGAAAGAAAUCCCUGUUCGUCAGAGGCAUGUUGCGAAUGACUUACUUCUUCCUAAAGAUUCUGUAAACUCUGUCAGAGGAGCAGUGACAGGAAUCAUCAAUUCAAAUCAAAGUAAAUCCCCAGUUCUUUCAAACUGCAGAAAUGGAAUGCCAUCAGCCUCAGGGAAAAAUCUAGAUGAUAAGCUCAAAAUCAACAUGAAUGACAACUGUUUGGAAGCUCCUGUAGGAUCAUCCAAGCAAGUCCUACUGCCUAGAAUAAAUAGUGCAAAUAAUGUUUGGCAGAAGAAGCAAUGUGACCCAGUAGUCCAAAAUCAUAAGAAUGGGGUUUCAACUGUAUUUAAGGGGAAAACAUUUUGUUUUUCAGUUUCUUUUCCUGAAGAUAGGAGAGCUGAAAUUGUUGAAUGGGUGGAUCAAGGUGGAGGGGAGGUUGUUGAGAAUCAUCUAAAAAAGAAAGUCAAUUUCAUUAUCGAGUGUCAUGGUCAGCUCAGUUCUAUCACUGAUUCCCAGAUUACUUGUGUUUCUACUCACUGGGUCCGGUCUUGUUUAGAGGAUGGAUGCCUGCUGGAUGUUGGAAGUCAUAUUCUCUAUUCCCCACUUCCUUGUCAAAUUCCUUUUCCUGGAUUUAAAAGCUUUCGCUUUUGUGUUUCACAAUAUGAAGAGAAGGAUAGAUUGCUAUUAAGAAAUCUGUGCUUUAUUCUUGGAGCUAAGUUUGUGGAAAAACUUACUAAAAAAGUGACCCAUUUAUUAUGCAAGUUUACCUGUGGACCGAAAUAUGAGGCUGCUUGUAAAUGGGGAAUACAAUCAGUUACAUCAGAGUGGAUAUAUGAAUGUAUAAGGCAGAAAGUUGUUUCUCUGGAUCCAUUUUGCCCGAAAGGAGUUACUGCUCAAGACCAAGAAGCAGGAUUAUGCACCGUGAGCCAAUUUUCGACUCAAGCCACUCAGCUGAUGUCUGUGGAUGUUCCAUCUGGUUUUACGAGUCAAUCACAGGGCCUGAGAACACAAGAUCUUCAUGUUAAAAAUGGAUGCAUUGUUGGUGGUAGAAACGAUGGCUCUAGAGAUGAGGCCAAACAACCAAAUGGCCAUCUUAAAAGGGCUAGGCACUUGGAAGCAGAUGACCAGAAUGCUUCUGGAGUGCAUAUAUACCACCCCUUUCUGAAUGAAAAUUCCAUUGAAAAUGAAAAAUUAAAAAUUGCAGGUGAAGCAGCUCAAGUUUUGCCUGAUGUAGCGACUGCUAUAGAAGACUUACUGGAGCAAACUAGUAAGAUUCAUGAUCAGAAAUCACCAGAGAGGAAUGGGUGCGAAAGAAGUGUAUCCUUGUAUCAGUUGAUAUUUCCGAUUUCUGAAUGUCUACCCUUUAUCUCUUAUAAAAGUUUAUUUGUAGCAAUCCUUGAUCUAGAACAGAUAUUUUCAUCUGAUUGUACGGGUCAUCGUCAAGAUCCUACCGAUCCUCAUUCUGUUAUUGGGUUAUCCAGUCACUGGUUAAAUCGGACUCUCAGAAAAGAUGAAAUCAGCAGUCAUUCUCGAGAUACAAAUGUGGGUGGCCUAUAUGAUAAUUUCAGUGAAACACAAACAGAGUCUCAGGUGGUGGGUUAUGAAGAAGAUUUGUCUGGUCGGCAAAUGCUUAUUGACCGAGUCCGGACCCGAGGUAGCAUGACCUGAAGCACUGAAGUCCACCACCGCCAAGCAAGUAAACUUGAUACCAGCAGCCAAACGAAGCUUGGCAGUUAAACUUAAGUAUGCUGCUUUUAGGCUAUAUUAUGCAUCUAUCAAGUUUUGAAGCCAUCAGAAUAUAUAUAUGGGUUAGGAUCCAAUUACAUUAUGUAAAACUCUUUUAGUUUUACACAGAUUUAAAACCGUUAGAUGAGUGAAAAUAGAUGGCUGGAACUCUUUUUUUUCCUGUGAAUAUCUUUUCAUUUUCUAAUGUUAAUCGUAGCCAUCUAUUUUGACUCAUCAACUUUCUAAAUUUUGUAAAACUAAAAGAGUUUUAUACAAUAUAAUUGGAUCUUAUCUCUCUUUAUAUAGAUAUCGAUAUAGAUAAAUUCGGAGAAGGGGGGAGGGGAUAAUGCUAUGGAAAUUGUAAAAACAAUAAACGCUUGUAUUCUGUCAAUCAUUUAUUGAUGUGUAGAAAAGUAAUGUGCUAAUUGUGUGUGUUGACUGUGUUAUUUUCUCUUUUUUUUUGUUAAUCAGUAAUUGUCUUUUCUAA